UUUGUUUUGUUUCAGAAGCUGCCUCUUCAAUAUGAAGAGGAAGGUUAGGGAAAACCUGUUAUACACAUCUCCCUGGAGCCCUCACUGAGCGGGUGAAACUUCAUCUCGGUCUUAAACUUGGAAUUCAAUUAACUUUUAAGAUGGGUGAUUGGGACUUUCUCGGAAGACUGCUGGAUAGAGUCCAAGCACACUCAACGGUGGUGGGAAAAAUCUGGCUCACCGUCCUGUUUGUGUUUAGGAUUCUAGUCCUCGGCGCCGGUGCCGAAAGAGUGUGGGGCGACGAGCAGUCGGACUUCAUCUGCAACUCAGAGCAGCCGGGGUGUGAGAACGUCUGCUACGACCAGGCGUUCCCCAUCUCACACAUCCGCUUCUGGGUACUGCAGAUCAUCUCGGUGUCCACACCUACUCUGGCCUACCUGGGCCACGUUGUCCACGUCACCCAUGUCGAAAAGAAAGUGAGAGAGAUGAUGAAGAAAGAGUUUCAGAAUGAGCAAAUCAAUCUGUUCCUCAAGAAAGGCUACAAAUUUCCCAAGUACAGCAGGGACAAUGGGAAGGUCAAUCUUCGGGGGCGUCUCUUGAGAAGCUACAUUCUGAGUUUGCAUUGCAAGAUACUUUUAGAGGUGGGUUUCAUUAUAGGCCAGUACUACCUUUAUGGCUUCACUCUUCAGGCCCAAUAUGUCUGUGUCCGUUUUCCGUGUCCUCACAAGGUGGACUGUUUUUUGUCAAGGCCUACUGAGAAAACCAUCUUCAUUUGGUUCAUGCUGGUGGUGGCCUGCGUCUCUCUACUCCUAAAUGUGAUUGAGAUCUUAUACCUUUACGUCAAGAAGAUCAACGAGUGUCUCAGUCGCAAAAAGGACUACACCAUCACUCCCGUGACCCCCCUUGUGACAAGGAAGGACUUCAAAACUACAGAUCAGGUGAUUCAGAACUGGAUGAAUCGUGAGGUGGAGCUUCAGAGGAGGGAACUUGGCAAUGAGGCAACCAAGAGCGUGGCUUCAGAGAACCACAGUGUUGACAUACAAGAGGUCCAUAUCUGAUCAGCAGGUCUCUGUACACAAAGGCUUUCACAUGGUCAGCUUGAGCAAACAGCCACUGAUCCAAGUGACUCGUGCAUGGUCAAGACCCCCCAACUUCAAGCACACUAUGACUCUCUCUCUGUUUAACAAAUCAAUAAUGUAUUGCUGAAAAUUCUUAUCUGUUUUUGUUUGGUUUUUUUCUCAUUUAAGUCUGAAAUUGUACUCUGUAGAAAGGUUCAAUAAAAGUAAAGCUUCAAACUGUGUCAUGUAAACUGUGUUUUUGGCAUUGUUUGUUUUGUUUUUUUCAUUUAUUUCUGCUCAGUUUCUGUAUUUAGGGAAACAAUUAUAUUUUAAGGCAAAAAAUGUUUUGAUCAACAACAGUUUGAUCAAUAAAAUAAGUCAGUUUUCUAUUUUGACAUAUUUUAAAAUGCAAUUUAUUCCUGAAUAUUUAGUAGCCAUUACUCCAGUCUUCAGAGUCACAUGAUCCUUCAGAAAUCAUUCUAAUAUGCUGCUUUGGUUCUCAAAAAACUUUUCUGAUUACUAUCAAUGUUGAAAACAGUCGUGCUGCUUAACAUUUUUGUGGAAAUCAUGAUUUUUUUGAUCAUGAGGAUUCUUUGAUAAAUAGAAAGUUCAAAAGAACAGCAUUUAUUUGAAAUAUUACUCUUUUGUAACAUUAUAUAAUGUCUUAAGUGUAACUUUUGAUCA